GGUUCUCAGUUGUCCUUUUCCCCCCUGCAGGUCUCAUGGUACCAAGUGACGUGUCCCCCCUGUGAGAUUCGCGUCCCCCAACCUCCUGAGAAGAUGUCAGGGAUGCAGGCCGUUUGGCCGUCCGGUACAGAAUGUAUCGCCAAAUACAACUUCCACGGUACCGCCGAGCAGGACCUGCCCUUCAGCAAAGGAGAUGUACUUACCAUUGUUGCCGUCACCAAGGAUCCCAACUGGUACAAGGCGAAGAACAAGGUGGGCCGGGAGGGCAUCAUCCCUGCUAACUACGUGCAGAAGCGGGAAGGAGUGAAAGCUGGGAUCAAGCUCAGCCUCAUGCCGUGGUUUCACGGGAAGAUCACGCGGGAGCAGGCAGAGCGGCUGCUGUACCCACCCGAGACGGGGCUUUUCCUGGUGCGGGAGAGCACCAACUACCCCGGGGACUACACCCUGUGUGUCAGCUGUGAGGGGAAGGUGGAGCACUACCGCAUCAUUUACUCCUCCAGCAAGCUGAGCAUCGACGAGGAGGUCUACUUCGAAAACCUCAUGCAGCUGGUGGAGCAUUACCCCACGGACGCAGACGGGCUCUGCACCCGCCUCAUCAAACCGAAGGUCAUGGAGGGGACGGUGGCAGCACAGGAUGAGUUCUCCCGCAGCGGCUGGGCCCUCAACAUGAAGGACCUCAAGUUGCUGCAGAUCAUUGGCAAAGGGGAAUUCGGAGACGUGAUGCUGGGGGAUUACCGGGGGAACAAAGUCGCCGUGAAGUGCAUUAAAAAUGAUGCCACAGCGCAAGCCUUUCUGGCAGAGGCGUCCGUGAUGACGAGUGUUGCUCGACACAGCAACCUGGUGCAGCUCCUGGGGGUGAUCGUGGAGGAGAAAAGCGGCCUUUACAUCGUCACCGAGUACAUGGCCAAGGGCAGCCUAGUAGACUACCUGCGGUCACGCGGGCGGUCGGUCCUCAGUGCAGACUGCCUACUGAAGUUCUCCUUAGAUGUCUGUGAAGCCAUGGAGUACCUGGAAGCCAACAACUUUGUCCACCGGGACCUGGCGGCAAGGAACGUCCUGGUUUCGGAGGACAACAUUGCGAAGGUCAGCGAUUUUGGGCUGACCAAGGAAGCCUCCUCCACGCAGGACACAGGGAAGCUGCCGGUGAAGUGGACGGCGCCAGAAGCACUUAGAGAAAAGAAAUUCUCCACCAAGUCGGAUGUGUGGAGCUUCGGGAUCCUCCUCUGGGAAAUCUACUCCUUUGGGCGAGUGCCUUAUCCGAGAAUCCCCCUGAAGGAUGUGGUGCCCCGCGUGGAGAAGGGCUAUAAGAUGGAUGCUCCCGAUGGCUGUCCUGCCGUCGUCUACGAGGUGAUGAAGAAGUGCUGGACCCUGGAUCCCGGCCACCGGCCGUCCUUCUACCAGCUCCGCGAACAGCUAGUGCAUAUCAAAGAGAAGGAGCUCUACCUGUGAGGGGGGGCUCACCUGCCCCGGCAGCUGGAGGGGACCCAGGCUGGUGGGGGACUGGGGUGUGGGGAACCCCCCUGCCCGGCCCCAGCCCCAGGAGCGGCUGG